CUGUUCCUUGGAGCCUGUACAAGGCCUCCUCAUUUAUCAAUGGUUACGGAAUACAUGGAGAUGGGAUCCUUGUAUUAUUUAAUACAUAUGAGUGGGCAGAAAAAGAAACUCAGUUUGCGCAGGAGAUUAAAAAUGCUCCGUGAUAUUUGCAGGGGAUUGAUGUGCAUACACCGAAUGAAGAUCGUUCAUCGUGAUGUAAAAAGUGCAAAUUGUCUAGUGAAUAAGCAUUACAUGGUCAAGAUAUGUGAUUUUGGUCUCUCAAGAGUGAUGGCUGAAUCUCCCAUGAGAGAUACCUCGUCAGCAGGAACUCCAGAAUGGAUGGCUCCCGAACUUAUACGCAAUGAACCCUUCACGGAGAAGUGUGAUGUAUUCAGCCUUGGU